UAACACUGGAACUCGCCUAGUUGCCCACCGACCACGCUCGCCGUCACCAGCUUACUGUUUAUUUUUUUAUUUUCAUUUUCGUAAAAGAUGAUGGUUUGAGUGUGAUGUGUGUUUGUGUGUGACUGACUGACUGUAUGAAAGUAUGGCGCGCGAGACAUUGUCGAGGUGCGUGCAGUGCGCGUGCGUGCUGCUGGCCGUGCUGGGCGCGGCGCGGCCCGACCACUCCGACGUCACCAUCGAGUCCCUGCAGCUCACGUUCGAGGAGACGCACGAGCUGGUGGUGAACGCGUCUGUGGAGUUUAUCUUGAAGUUCGUACCGACCCCAGCGCAAGGAGUGUGGCCAAUAAGGGUUUGGAUCCAAACAGACGGUGGCGAUACGUCUCGACCGCUGCUUGUCACCGCGAGGCGAAGAAUAGGUGCGUGGACGUGGCAGCUGCCGUACCGCUCGGGCAGCUCGCUGCUGUACCAGCUGGAGCGCACGCUGUGCCCGGACGACAGCGUCGACGUCGAGGAACUCGAUGAGAACUGUGAAUCGGACGAUCCAACCCAGUCAUCUACGAGAGAGUUCUCCCUGCACGUGGGCUCGUCGUGCACGGCGCCGUCCCGCGUGCAGCUGCGCGCGUCCUUCGUGCGCGACUGGCGCCUGCCCUUUAGGUCCUCCACCACUCUGGUCACGCAACAGGGAGCGCCGCGCGUGCACAUGUACCAGUUCCUGCCGGAGCAGAGCAGCGUGCGCGUCGUCGUGGAGGCCGACGACGACGUCUGCGCCACCAUAGCAGUGCAGAACUACACGUGCCCGAUCGCAGAAACUCUGGACGACAUCGAAAUAUCAAGUCUGCGGAUGACUGUGCUGAGGUCCGGCGCGAUGCAGCUCUCGCGGAGCCGGUACCCGCGCGGCUUCUACGUGGUGGCCGUCGUGCACGACUCGGACUCCGCGUGCCGCGAGGAAGACCCCGCCGAGGUGGACUGGCUGUGGGAGGCCGCCGUGCUGCAGCAGCAACAGGAGCACGCCGACGCCGCGCCGCCGCGCCGCAAGACGCUCACUCUGCACGUGCAGGCGUCGCUGUCGCGCGAGCAGUACGCGCUGGGCGCGAGCGUGUCGCUGGCGGUGUUCGUGCUGUUCUACCUGCUGUUCGGCGGGCUGGUGCUGGCGCAGCGCCUGCCGCGCUGGAAGCAGCUCGUGGGCCCGCGCGCCGUCCUCGCGCGCAAGCCGGAGGAAGGUACGAGAUCCGAGAUGGACAGCACUGCAUCGCUGUCACCCCGACGACGACGACGCCGCGAUUCAACUGCGACGUUCGACAGCAGCGACAACAGCGACACGGACGAGGAGGAGACGGCGACCGGCACCACCGUCGUCACCGCCACCACUCCCCCACCUGCCGGGGGCGGCGCCACCGUCGCGGGGGACCACAGGGUGGCAGUGGCCAGUGUGGGCACCGACCCCGCGCCCCCUGCGCCCCCCGUCGGUGACGUCACCAUGAGGGCGGACACAAGGACCGACUUUAUAGUGGUUCCCCCCGGCCAGGACACGCGGCGGAGCGUCGAGCAGUCCACUCAAACCAUACAGGGCCUGGAAGCCACAGGAGAACAGGCGGCGGAGGCGCCGCGUCCGUUCGGUCUGCCGGCGCGGCUGCGCGUGGCGGGGCUGGCGCGGCGGCGCGCGCGCGUGCUGGCGGCGCGCUCGGACCGCUACCUGUACACGCUGUACACCGUCGGACUCUUCUACGCGCUGCCCGUGCUGCAGUUCGUCACCGCCUUCCAGAUCUUCCUGAACGUGUCGGGGUCUCUGGACGUGUGCUACUACAACUUCCUGUGCGCUCACCCGGUGGCGGGGCUGUCGGACUUCAACCACGUGUUCUCCAACAUCGGGUACUUGUUGCUGGGCGCGCUGUUCAUGCUGCAGGUGCGCCGCCGCAGGAUGCGACGGAAGAGGAAGCCCCGAGACGAGGAGUACGGUAUCCCGGCGCACUACGGGCUGCUGUCGUCGCUGGGCGCCGCCAUGAUGAUGGUGGCGCUGCUGUCCGCCACCUAUCACGUCUGCCCCAACGCACUCAACUUCCAAUUCGACACGGCAUUCAUGUACGUGCUGGCGGUGCUGUGCAUGGUGAAGAUAUACCAGGCGCGCCACCCCGACAUCAACGCGCGCGCGCACGCCACCUUCGGCGUGCUCGCCGUGCUCAUCUUGCUCGUGGUGUGGGGCGUGCUGGGCGGCGGGCCGCUGUUCUGGAGCGUGUUCACGGUGCUGCACGUGUUCACCUUCCUGCUACUGUCGCUGCGCAUCUACUACGUGGGACAAUUCCGCCUCGAGAAGCAGAGCCUGGCGGAGGCGGCGCGCGAGCUGGCGUCGGUCCCGGCGCGCGGGCUGCGGCCGCUGUACUCCGCGCGCCUCGUCAUGUUGCUCAUCGCCAACGCAGUCAACUGGGGCUUCGCGCUCUACGGUCUGUUCACGCAGAGCGCGGACUUCGCGUCGCACCUGCUGUCGGUGCUGCUGUGCAACACGCUGCUGUACAUCGUGGUGUACCUGGCCAUGAAGCUGCUGCACGGCGAGCGCCCGCGCUGGUACGCCUGGCUCUACCUGGCCGCCGCCUCCGCCGCCUGGGCGCCCGGACUCUACUUCUUCGUCAGCGGCAGCACCGACUGGGCGACGACGCCGGCGCUGUCCCGGCACCUGAACCACGAGUGCCGCGUGCUGCAGUUCUACGACUCGCACGACUUGUGGCACUUCCUGUCGGCCAUGGCUCUCUACUUCACCUUCAACGUGCUGCUCACGUGGGACGACGGGCUCGCUGCCGUCAAACGCACCGAAAUUGCAGUGUUUUAAUAAAUGCCUCUCUUAUUCAA